AAGUCCUUGUAUUGUAUUGAUAAAGCCACUGGAUGGCGAAACAUCUACAAACAAAGAUACCCAGAUGUUGCACAUGUGUCUAAUUGUUCAUUUUCUCGGCACUGUAUACCACUGAUGUACACCCAAUAAAUAUCUCUGCCAUAAGGGCAAGAUACACACACACAAAUGUAAGUCCUAUCAAAUCUCUAAUUUAUAGCAGCAAUAGGCACUGGCGCAUUGAAAUCCUCAUAGAGAAUAAACUUUGAUUUGAUUUGAUUUGAGCCACAUCGAUGCCGUGACUCGAGAGCGACUGCCCAGACCCAGCCUAGUGGGACACAGCUGACCUAUCUAUGCCUCUUAAGCUGUCAGGUAUUAAGAUAACCUACUUUAAAGACCACCAGUGGUCUUCAGCGUAGUUUAUUUAAGUAAUCAUCCCACGGGUAUUAAUGGAAAUAAAUCACACUGACUUUCUUGGGUUAUUCACUUUAAUAAAUAAUUAUGUCACGCCAAAAAAAAAAAAAGUCUUUCAAACUGGAAUUUAUACAGAAAUUUUUCGAUAUCAGAAAAGGCAGACGUGAUACUAAUAUCAGGUAAUAAUAAUAAUAAUAAUUUAUUUCUAUAUGUACAUAAUACAACUAAUCUUGUCCCCCCAGGAUGCGACCCACAACAGUCGACUAACACCCAAGUACCUACUUACUGCUAGGUAUAUCACUUGUAUACAGACACGUUGAAGAAUUAGACACAUGUGCAGCAUCUGGGUAGCUUUACUUGUAGACGUUUAGACAUCCAGUGGCUUUAUCAGUACAAUACACAGACACAAUCUGAAGACUGUUGAAAAAUAAACAGAGGACAGUAGGCCAGGCAACCAGUCCCUCAGCCUUGAAGCACAUUCAAGGUUGAGGGACUGAUUACCUAGCCUUCCACUGUCUCCUGUAGUACAUACAUUUCAACAGUCUUCCAGUUAUGUCCCUGUACUGUACGUUUCGCCACUGGAUGGCGAAACAUCUACAAGAUACCCAGGUGUUGCACGUGUGUCUAAUACUCACUGCUAGGUGAACAAGGGCAGCAGGUGUAAGGAAAGACAUUUCAGGUAUCGAUCCUGGACGCCUGAGUGUGUGAGCUGAUAUCUGAUACCUGGGAUAUCUGGUAUAUAACCCGGAAAUUAGUUGAUAACAAGGAUAUCAGCAAUAUAACCUGGAUAUUAGUAUACAGAACUGAGAUAUCAGUAUUAUAGCUAGGCUAUCAGUAUAUAAACCUGGUAUCAGCAAUAUAUCAGGACUGGACAACAGACGAGACAUUCUCCUCUUGACUCUCGCCCAGGCAGGUCAUAGCAGCUCUCCUUACUCUGUCUCCCUACGAUCCCCGUUGGGGAGGGGAACCUUUACCAGCGUCGUCUUCACCUUGACUUGCACGAUGAGCUACGCAAAUCGUGUAAAGAUCAAGCCAACAAGUGGUAUCGUUGAUGAUUCAACGAAGAUUGCUCUUGCAACCGCUGUUCAGGGAGCACUGCAAGUAAAAUUCAACACCAUUUUGUCCCUGAAGGAAGCAUUCAUUGUUGUGUGUCACGAUGAUGCUGAAGCAGAGAAACGACUCACUACAGAAGCCACCACAACUCUUACUGCUCAAGGGUUUGCUGUUACGUCAUCUCCUGCCCUCAGGGCAAGGAAAUCAGUAUUCCUUAAAAAACUUGACAAGAUUCUGACGUCUCAAUCAACUGCUGAACUCAAGUCAUCCAUCGAGUCGCAAAAUACCUGGGCUACUGUUGACAGCAUUACAAAAAUUCCAACUGCAACGUCCAUGAUCAAGGUCACCUUCACCGACGUGAACAUGGCUGCCACUGCUCUGAACGAAGGUCUUGCUGUCUACUACUACUACAUCAGCCCUUCCUACAUUGAAGCAGAGAGAUAUCACUACAUCCAACAUUGCUGGAACUGUUAUUCAUACCAUCACACCACCAAAGCAUGUCCAGUAAAAGACAAGAAGUUCUGCACUACAUGUGGUAGUGAGGGUUAAACUGCAAGUGUAAUGACCACCAUACACUAGCAGCAAAAUGUCCUACAAGAAAGGAUAUCAUGAAGAAAACACAAGAUGCAGCAAAUAAAAAACCUACUAGCAACACUCCAACAUAUGCAGCAAUUGCUAAAAUACAAGCAACCACUACUAAAUUACUUCAAGCAUCUACUCAGUCUGCCUCCACCAUCAUUACUCCUCCAACAUGUGACGUAACCAAGAUCCACUACUGUUUAUUAUACGCUCACAUACAGAACAUGGCUGUACCCGGAUCCUUUAACUCUACCAUCAACGAGUUAUUUGCAUUGAAUAAUAUACCAGCAUUCAUAUUCCCAGCAUCUCCACCUUCGGAAGAAAUACUAAAAUUCACCAAGGACCUAAUUAACACCUCUACGCCUGCAGCUCCAACACCACCAACAACUAGUGACGUCACUCCAACAACGUCCAAUGAGAAGUUUCCAUCGUCUCCACUCCUCAAAGAAACCGACCAAUCAGAAGCCUUUCCACCAGAAACAUCUUCCCAUUUGUCCAUUGAAGAUGAAGAUGAAAAUGUACAUUCUCCAGCACUAACAAUACCAUCCCAAGACCCAAGAUUCGAUACUGUACCAGAUGAAGAUGACGACAAGUAUACUGAUUGGGGAAGAGUAUCUUUCUGUACCACAGUAAACUAUCCUCAAGACAUGGAGCCAGAUGAACUAAAAUCUCACCUCAUCAACAAGACAGUCAAGUAUGUCGUCGGACAUUCCAAAGAAGAUAGUCCCAUUGAACUUUCCAGACUUAUAGAGCAUGCUGAAAAUUUGAGUCAAGAUCCUCGAUAUCAACACUUGUUAACUCGUCUCAUGAUAAUUCCUCUCCAACGAUUUAAACAUCUUAAAAAUGGAACUCGCCUCGCCAAAGAUGCUUUCUUCAUCAAAAAACGCCACAAUUCCAAAUAACCACCAAGCCAUUAUGAAAUGACCAAUCAACGUUAAGCUCCUCCCUUGUCGCCUGCAGCCACCAAUCACCAUCAAGAAGCAGCAAUCUUCCAUCCAGCAAGUUGCAGUCAACACCUGCAGAGUUCCUGUUGUCUCUACAUCGUCUUUCGUCAUUGUUAGUUUUGGCUUAGCAGUUGGGUCUAGUCCUGCCUCUUCUCUCUUCGACUCAAGACAUUCCUCUCACCGUCUAUUCUUCGUACUGUCCCCACUUGCCCCUCGCCCCUCGUGGGUCCUUACCUGUCAAGAGGUGGUGUGUGAUGAUGGUCCAGACGCGAGGGUGUUGUCAUACACUCCCAUGUGAGUGACCUGGAGCAAGUGUAAUUCGUAAGGCUGCCGUUAGAUGUGUGAUGCUGAGAUUCUGGACCCGGCAGUGCCGGGCAGGCUGCCGACUGGAGAAUAACAAUAAUAAUAAUAAUAAUAUGAUCUUAAUUUCUACAAGUACAUGAUACAACUUAUACAGACCAUAGCUGAGAUCAGUGACAUGCUGUAUAGAUAGCCUCUGCUUAUGCAGAACAGCUCGGGCAAAUUUGGUCAAUUUUGUCCCCAGGAUGCGACCCACACCAGUCGAAUAUUUUACUGAUACGUGAACAUGGACAGCAAGUGUUUUAAGGAAACACGCCCUAAAGUAUCUACCCUAUCCGGGAAUCGAACCACGGACCUCAAUGUGUGAACUAAGUGCACUACCAACAGAGCUACGGAACACUUGCACUUGAAGGUCAACCUCUUGGAUAAGCUCAUCCUCUAUUACUUCUAGUCCAUCUUCACAUGACAAAGUCAGCUAGUGUAGCUCACACUGUAGCUGGUAGCAGCACAGCUGACGUCUCUGACAGCCACCUGAGCCACCUUCAACAGCUGCUUACCUCUUUCCACUAAACUCACAUCUCUACUGAAUCGUCCAUCUGAUCCAAGACUAUGAACCAAAAAUGAACUUAAAAAUAAUACUGUCUAUUACAACCCAGGAUUCCAAAUGGCCUGUUAUCCUGGGUGUAAAGGGAGCAAAAUAAACACAGCAGAAAAGUUUUGACUUAUAUUAUCCUUCACCAAUUUAGGACAGAAGUAUGUACACUAUAUACACUAUGUACAGUGAUAGGUAUUAGUGCACUCCACGGUAAGCAAGACAAAAUAGAAGCCACAAGAUAGCAGACCGUGCUUCAACCAGCUAUAGAAUGGGAAUGACAAGGGCAGACAGGAGAGUGGUAACCACAUAACCUCUGCGAUUGCCAAAACCAUCUUCUUAUUGGCUGGAACCUGGUUACUAGUUGAACGACGGGGCCCCAUCGUCAACCCUCAGUCACCUGGUUCGGGGAGAUAGCCUGUAAAUGAGGGUGUGUACAUGCGCUGAAUAAAGGUUACGUACUCUUUGCAUGCCACACUGUCUUACACCAAACCUAGGGCAAAAACAUCUAGUAUUGGGCCCCUGCUGAAACGAGAUGGAACUUACACAGACGACAGCAAAGAAAUGAGUAAGAUACAUAAGUCCCAAUUUGACUCAGCGUUUAGUGAGCCGGUAAUUAGACUAAGGGUAGACAACCUAAAUAAUUUUUUUAUGACCGAGAUUCAAAAUUUGGUUAAUUCAAGAACUGCUGACAAUAUCCUAACACCACAGGAGUUUGGAAAAGCCGUGCACUCUGCCCCAGGUCCAGACUCGUGGAACUCCGUGUUCAUCAAGAACUGCAAGAAACCUGCCUUAAAUAUUCUAUGGAGAGGGAGCAUAGAUAAAGGAGUCAUCCCACAGUCACUAAAAGCAACAGACAUAGCCCCACUCCACAAAGAUGGCAGUAAAGCAAUUGGAAGGAAUUCCAGACCGAAAGAACUAACGUCCCACAUCAUAAAAAUCUUUGAACGAGUUCAAAGGAGCAAGACUAUCAACCACUUGGAUACACAAUCCAGGGCAUUAAGGCUUUAGAGCAGGUCGCUUCUGCCUCUCGCAACUACUGGACCACUAUGAUAUGGUAAUGGAUGAUCUGGAGGACAAACAAAAUUCAGACAUAGUAUACACAGACUUUGUGAAAGCUUCUACAAAUGCGAUCAUUAUGUAAUAGCGCACAAAAUGCGUGCUAAAGGAAUAACAGGAAAAGUGGGUAGAUGGAUCUAUAACUUCCUAACAGAUAGAACACAAAGAGUAAUAGUACGCAAAGCCAGAUGAGGUUUAGUGAAAAGCUCUGUUCCACCAGGUACAGUACUCACUCCCAUCAUUUUCCUCAUCCUUAUAUCUGACACAGACAGAGAUGUAAGCCACAGCACCAUAUCCUACUUUGCUGAUAUCAGAAUUUGCAUGACAGUGUCAAUCAUUGAGGACACUACAAAUGUCCCAGCGAAUAUUAAAUGGGCCGCAAAAAAAAAAAAAAAUACAAAGUUCAAUUUAGAGGAAAUAAAAACUAGAUCAGAGGAUAAAACAGAUUCCAACUACACAGUAGUGAAAAUCUAAUGUGAAGGACCUGGGAGUGAUAAUGUCAGAGGAUCUCACUAUCAAAGAUCACAACAAUGUAUCUACAACGUCAGCUAGGAAAAUGAUAGGAAGGAUAAUGAGAACCUUUAAAACUAGGAUGCCAAGCCCAUGAUUCUCUUCAAAUCGCUUGUUCCCUCUAGGCUGGAAUAUUGCUGUACACUAACGGCCCCUUUCAGGGCAGGCGAAAUAUCAGAGCUGGAGAAUGUACAUAGAACUUUCACUGGGCGUGUAAGUACAAUAAUGCACCUAAAGUACUGGGACCGGUUGAAGUACUUUGACUUGUACUCCUUCAAACGAAGGCGAGAAAGAUGCAUGAUAAUAUACACUUGGAAAAUUUUUAAGAGGGACUAGUCCCAAAUCGGGCCACGGAAAUCACUCCUACGAAAGCAAAAGACACGGCAGGGCGCCACGAGUACGAUAAAAGACAACACAGUAAGUGUCAGGGGUGCAAGACUGUUCAACUGCCUCCCAGCAUACAUAAGGGGGAUUACCAAUAGACCCCUGGCUGUCUUCAAGCAGGCUCUGGACAGAUACCUGAAGUCAGUUCCUGACCAGCCGAGCUGUGGUUCGUACGUCAGUCUACGUGCGGCCAGCAGUAACAGCCUGGAUGAUCAGGCCCUGAUCCACCACGAGGCCUGGUCAUGGACCGGACCGCGGGGGCGUUGACCCCCUGAACCCCCUCCAGGGAUACUCCAGGUAUAGCACAUGAUAAGUAGGGAGAAGAAAGAGGAGAUUAAAGGAAGAACAGACUGCA